GUGACGCAACAAAAAAACAUGGCGGCGUACAGUCGUUCACGUGCAGGUUGUCAAAUAAAACAUAUCACGGAGAGAAAUCCCUACGAUUUUUGAAAAUUUUGACUAUCUUAUAUUAAUGUCUAUCGUUGUUGGCAACAGUUGGGGCUGGCUGUUAGACUCCGGCUCGCUCAAAGAUCAGAGCUGUGUUUGUUCAUGUGAUGGGAAUCAGGCAAAAUACUUCAAAUGUACUUUUAAAAGAGAAUAUUUUAAUAUAUUAAAGCCUCACAUUCAAGUUAAACAAGAUGUUUUAAAAAACCCAGAUACGCAAAGUGCUGAGAAUUGCGAGCAUGCAAACAUUGAUCUGAAAAAACGAAAGAAGCGCAAGAGAAAAAAGUCUGAUCUCAAUACUGGAGAGAUAGAGGCACAGGACUAUCAUGAAAAGAUCCAGUCAGUGGUUCUGGAGGGUUCUCGGGCUCUCGUGGAAGCUGGCCGUCGGUGUGGUUACUGGACAGAAGUUUUGCCCUCGGUGACAUCUGAACCCGUCCCGGCCCAGGAGUGCAGGCUGGCUGCAUUCUGUGACAUGGCCAAACAGCUUCCGUUCACAGAUGAUUGGAUACCGGCACCAGUGCAGACACUGAACAGAGACGACCUGGACGCACCGCUUGACUUAUUCAAUUACAUCACCGAGAAUCCGUAUGACAUCACUUAUGAGGUCACAUUAAUGAGCGAGAGGUAUCUGUUGCCCCCUCGCAGCCACUUUCUGAUGUCUGACAUCACACACAUACAUCCACUAGUCAACAAUGGAGACAAAUAUGACCUUAUAGUCCUUGAUCCACCAUGGGAGAACAAAUCCGUAAAAAGAAGCAACAGGUACAGUUCCCUGGCGUCCUCUCAGAUCAAGCAGCUUCCCGUGCCGGCCUUGAGCUCUCCGGGUUGUGCGGUGGUGACGUGGGUAACUAACCGGGCGCAGCACCGGCGUUUCGUCAGAGAGGAGCUUUACCCUCACUGGGGAGUGGAAGUGAUAGCGGAAUGGUUUUGGGUCAAGGUGACCCGGAUGGGUGAGUUUGUGUUUCCCCUGGACUCCCAGCACAAGAAGCCUUAUGAAGUUCUGGUGCUCGGCAGGUAUCGCACAGAGGACGCUGUCAGGACUUCAGCGCAGGAGGAGAUUCCACGUCAAAGACUUCUGCUCAGCGUCCCCUCAAUCCUUCAUUCCCAUAAACCUUCACUGUCAGCUGUGUUGAAGCCUUACAUUGGCUCCGAUCCUAAGUGUUUAGAGCUGUUUGCUCGAAGUCUCCAAUCUGAUUGGACCAGCUGGGGAAAUGAGGUCAUCAAGUUUCAGCACAGCGAUUAUUUUAGCAGACAGAGAGUCGAGGAUCCACACUGCACGUUUGAGACAGCAGGUGCGACGACCGGAUUCUGUUAAUGAACACUUUAAUAAAAGUGUCAUAGUGUAAAGAGAAGUGAAACUGGAGCACGUGCAAAUAAAACUCCAGUGUAGAGCAAUUUAAUUUUAACUUUAUCUAACAUCGCGUACCACAAGCAUCAGAUUUUGUUGACAACCUUGGACAACAGAUUAGAAUACGCUUUUAUUAAAGUUUGAUAUCAUCUUUGUGGAAAUUAAAUGUUCACAUCUGAACUACGUUCACUGGACAUUUUUUAAUGAAAAAUGACAUUCAUCUGCAGAAUGUGUUUGUUUUUGGAAAUAUGCAUUGAUGUCUUGUAUGAAUGUAAGGUAUAUUAUUGUUCAAAAUGUUCUGUUUCUAAUGCCAUUAUACAUUUACUUUUUAACUAAAAUUAUUUUAUACAAAAGUGUGUCGUCUGAAUUUGUUUUAAACUUCAGUUUCUCAGAAUUCAAGUUUCAGACUCUGCUGGAAAACUUAAGAUUUUUUGUAAAAGAUAAAAGAUGUUAAUCUCAUUCCUGUUUGCGGUCAUUGUUUUUGUAGUUACUGCCUUUGAAACAUCUGUUUUCAUGAAAUUUAAAAACAGGUGAUUAUUGUUGCAUGCAUUUUUCGGACGUCGAUUGCAAUGCCCCUUUACUCCAGACACAUA